UGGUAUUUCUGUCACUUGUGACAAGUCAUGGAAUAAACAUUGUAAUAAUUCGACUAAAUUAUAAAUAAAUAAGUAUCAAAAUGGUAUUAGCUGAUUUAGGUCGUAAAAUAACGACUGCUUUGCAGUCGUUAAGCAAGGCUACCAUUAUAAAUGAGGAGGUUCUAAAUGGAAUGCUUAAAGAAAUAUGUGCUGCAUUAUUGGAGGCGGAUGUUAACAUUAGAUUGGUCAAACAACUCAGAGAAAAUGUUAGGGCAGUUAUUGAUUUUGAUGAAAUGGCUGGUGGGCUUAACAAAAGACGGAUGAUUCAAAGUGCUGUAUUCAAAGAACUUGUUAAGCUGGUGGAUCCUGGUGUUAAACCAUUCACUCCUGUUAAAGGGAGACCAAAUGUUAUUAUGUUUGUUGGUUUGCAAGGUUCUGGAAAAACUACUACUUGUACAAAAUUGGCCUACCAUUAUCAAAAAAAGAACUGGAAAGCUUCUUUGGUGUGUGCUGAUACCUUCAGAGCUGGAGCAUAUGAUCAAGUGAAACAAAAUUGUACAAAAGCAAGAAUUCCCUUUUAUGGAAGUUAUACAGAAGUAGAUCCUGUAGUAAUUGCCCAAGAUGGUGUUGACAUGUUUAAAAAAGAAGGUUUUGAAGUUAUUAUUGUGGAUACAAGUGGUAGGCACAAACAAGAAGAAUCAUUGUUUGAAGAGAUGUUGGCAGUUUCCAACGCUGUUAAACCAGACAAUAUUAUAUUCGUUAUGGAUGCCACCAUUGGUCAGGCUUGUGAGGCACAGGCAAAGGCCUUCAAAGAAAAGGUAGAUGUAGGAUCAGUCAUCAUCACAAAACUUGAUGGACAUGCCAAAGGUGGUGGUGCUUUAUCAGCUGUUGCUGCUACAAAGAGUCCCAUCAUAUAUAUUGGUACAGGAGAACACAUUGAUGAUUUAGAACCAUUUAAAACAAAACCCUUUAUUAGCAAAUUACUGGGAAUGGGAGACAUAGAAGGUCUUAUAGAUAAAGUAAAUGAACUUAAAUUAGAGGACAAUGAAGAAUUGUUGGAAAAAAUUAAACAUGGUCAAUUCACUCUCAGAGAUAUGUAUGAACAGUUCCAAAAUAUAAUGAAAAUGGGUCCUUUUUCACAAAUAAUGGGUAUGAUUCCUGGAUUUAGCCAAGACUUUAUGACAAAAGGCAGUGAACAAGAGUCAAUGGCAAGAUUAAAACGUUUAAUGACCAUUAUGGACAGUAUGAAUGAUGGGGAGUUGGAUAGCAGAGAUGGUGCAAAAUUAUUCUCAAAACAACAAGGAAGGGUUACUAGAGUUGCUCAAGGGUCUGGAGUAACAGAAAGGGAAGUUAAAGAACUGAUAGCGCAAUAUACAAAGUUUGCUGCCGUCGUAAAGAAAAUGGGUGGUAUCAAAGGUUUGUUUAAAGGGGGAGAUAUGGCGAAAAACGUGAACACAAAUCAAAUGGCAAAAUUGAAUCAGCAAAUGGCGAAAAUGAUGGAUCCACGUGUACUACAACAAAUGGGUGGAAUGGCAGGUUUGCAGAAUAUGAUGAGGCAACUUCAAGCAGGCGCAGCAGGUGGUUUAGGCGGUCUGGGGAAUCUUAUGAGCGGUUUUGGGGGGAAAUAACACAUUGUGAAAAAAAUUAAGGUGCUGAAACCUUAAUUUUAUGUUUGAACAUCUGGAUAUACGGAAAAAUUUAUUUGCAAAUCGGUAUAUAUGUUUUUAUAUACCUACGUCCGUUUGUGUAAACGUUUAUUUUGUUAUGUAAUAUAAAUCGCAAUUUUUUUAAAUAAAUGAUUGAUUUAAGUUA